CUCCUCCACUCUAUUUAACUAUUCGUUGCGGACUUCAACCGUUUUCCGUAUCCCAACUUUCUCCAAAUUACCAUUCCUUCAUUCCUUGAUUCCUCUCUCUCUCUCUCUCUCUCUCUCUCUCUGCAUCUUUGUUCAUUUCUACAGAAUCGAAGAUCGUUAAAGCCAUAAAGGGGAUUUCAUCAUCAAAUUGAAUUCUGGUGGGAAGCCUCGACUUGUCCCUCGGAGAAUCACUAUCCCCAUUCCUCUACAAGGAUUGUAAGUGGCUGCUGUGGCAUAAGAGGUCGAGAUGUUGGGGGAAGUCAUCAACAGAAGUCUUAUGAUGCUACUCGGAUACGUAUAUCCUGCGUUCGAGUGCUUCAAAACUAUGGAAAGGAACAGAGUCGAGAUUGAUCAGCUCCGGUUUUGGUGUCAAUACUGGGUCAUUGUUGCACUCCUGACUGCUCUGGAGCGGGUCGGGGAUGUUUUCAUUUCAUGGUUACCCAUGUAUGGAGAGAUGAAGCUGGCCUUCAUAAUCUACCUAUGGUAUCCAAGAACUAUGGGAACUAGUUACGUCUACGAAACCUUCUUGCGGCCUUUCAUGACAAGGUACGAACCAGAUCUUGAUCAGAACAUGGGAGAAUUGAGGAGAAGAGCCUGGAAUUUAGCUGUAAUGCAUUGGCACAACGUUGCUAAUUUUGGAGAGACCACAUUUGCUCAAUUCCUCCAGUAUUUGACCUCCAAGGCUAAAGGCAGUGAAGCUCCGAAAAUCGAUCCACAGUACCCCAGUGCACCUCCUCUUAAUUCAAUGCCGAGCGCACCUCCUCUAAGUUCAAUGGCCUCCAGCCAUCGGCCGCCGCUGAGGCAACCUGGCAGGAACCGGUCGCCAUCGACAUCACCACCGCCAGCGUACCGCGCAUGGUUCCCACAAAUGGGUUCCAACACCAGCUCAGAGUCCGGUUAUAGACAAGACGCCACCACCAUUCACCAAACAGCUAUGGAUGAAACUCUUCGUAGACGGCCACGCUGAACCCAGAAGGAAAAGUGAAAGAAAAUUGUAAAAAGAAAAAACACAAAUUGUAA